CCGCGGCUCGGAGGUCAAGCUAUGUUCAGCCCCAAGAAACGGAAGCGUCGAGUGACGCGACAGCGGCAGCGGCGGAGGCGACGAGAUCAUCGCGUAACGGCCCACUCCCGGCCGGAGGAGCGUGGCGUUGACUUCUUUGGCCCCUCCGUCGCUAAGUACUGGCGGCAGCGCUACUCCCUCUUCUCCCGCUUCGACGACGGCAUCCUCAUGGACGAGGAGGGCUGGUACUCUGUCACCCCCGAGGCAAUCGCCGCCGCCCACGCCGCCCGAGCCACCUCCCUCGCCGGUCGCGGUUGCCCCCUCGUCCUCGACGGCUUCGCUGGCGUCGGCGGCAACGCCAUCCAGUUCGCCUCAAGGGGUUGUCACGUAGUUGCGGUAGACAUUGAUCCGCGGAAAAUUGGGUUUGCUGUCCAUAACGCGAAGAUUUAUGGUGUGGAGGACAGAAUUGAUUUUGUUACUGGAGACUUCUUUCGUCUUGCGCCACGUCUAAAGGGUGAUAUUCUUUUCCUUUCGCCACCUUGGGGAGGCCCAUCAUAUAGAGACUUUCGAAGCUACACUCUUGAUUUGCUGAUGCCAAGAGAUGGGUAUUCCAUCUUUCAACUUGCACAACAAAUAACUCCCAAUAUCAUUAUGUUUCUGCCACGCAAUGUGAACCUUAACCAAGUGGAAGAGCUUUCUUGGUUGUCCAGCCCUCCCUUAAAAUUUGAGAUAGAAGCAAAUCAUGUACAAACCAAAGUGAAAGCGAUUACUGCCUACUUUGGUGAUAUUGCGGCAGGAUCAUCUGGAUUAUCGAAGAUCUGUUCUGGUGUAACUUCAUGAGGUUCCGGCUCUCUCUUCAAAUCUGCUUCCAACUCUACACUGGUGGUUGGUUUUCCCCUUCAUCUGCCAAGAAUCCCUCCAUGGCUGAAGCUUUGGCUCUUUUGGAAGGUCU